AUGAAUGCACCUGAUCGCAAUCAACUUGACAUAAUCACUCCUUCACAACCACUUUUUCCACCUCCAAUUACUCAAGAUCAAUUAAUAACUUAUAAAACUCAUGUUAAAAGGAAAUAUUCCAAAUUACCAACGGCAUUUAUUAUCUAUAAGACAGCCUAUCGUCAACGACUUAUUGCCGACAAUAACCUUCCACCUAAGCAUUUAUUCUCAUCUAUGGCAAUAAUCGUUCCUUCACAACCACUUUUUCCACCUCCAAUCACUCAAGAUCAAUUGGAAACCUAUAAUACUCGUAUUAAUGGAAAAGUUCCAAGAUCACCGACGGCAUUUAUUAUUUAUAAAAUAGCUUACCGCCAGCGACUUCUUGCCGACAAUAACCUUCCACCAGCACAUGUAUUUUCACAUAUGGCAAGUAUUUCUUAUGAAAGAGAACCUAGGCAUGUUAAAGCUGCUUAUGUGAAUUUAUCUAUUCUAUUGCGUUCCGGAAGAUAA